UAUUUAGGAAAAACCUGCAUAUGAGGUUUUACACACAAUGUUUACAGACAGGAAUUGAGAAGCAUCCCUGUAGUUGGCAUUAGCAGUGAUAGUAAAACGGCACCACACACUCUUUAAUUGAUUUGAUUGAUGCAGAGACACCACGGCGAUGACCACUGAGCAGAAUGCAGAUCACAGCUUUAUGUAAAAGCACAGGCAGGUGUAACAUUAUUAAAGAUGGAUCUGUUCCAUGUGUCCCAGUGUGUGUCCCAAUGUGCCAGUGAGCCCAUGACAGUGUGACAGACGGCCAGCAUGCAUGCACAGUACCAGGAAUGCUGAUGCCGAAGCAGCUAAUUCAGCCAUCAUUUAUUUUAGCCCUGAAAUGCCUCUCAGAGGUAAUAACAUGUAACGCAAGGUUGCACGCAUAUCUCCAUCGAAAGAUACAGUAGGAAAACCUCUAUGAAAAGCUCAAGGGAGAUGCAAUGCUAUCCAUUUCUCUGCCCUGCGUGUGUGUGUGUUUGUGUGUGUGAUUGGAGGGGAGGGGGGGGGCAGUUAGCCUUGCAGCAGUGUCUGUGUUGAUGGAGAGAGAGGGGCCUGCAGGAUCCUGUGUGUCAGCAGCCUGCAUGUGAGAGACAUUGCCUGGCGGAAGUGCAUCACUGGCAGAUGUCCAAAUCCCCCUUUACUCCCCCUUUCCCUUCCUGGUCUGUCUUCCUCUUUUGUCUCCGAGCACAGAGAACACAGAGGCCCUUUAAGACAGCCACUGGGAAAAAACAUAUGGAGGCCACUGUCCUUCCUUUCUGCUUUUCCAGUUGACAAAUACAACAGCUGUGUUGUUGGUGUAAAAAAAUCAACACGCUUCAUUGUAGGUUCCUCGCGUUUGCAUCAUAACGGGAGCGUGUGCUUCUGCCUCUCAUGUGGCUAUGACAAGGUGUGUUUAUUUACACUCGUUGAGGACUCCAGCCCCAGUGACACACCAUCGUGUCGUCUGAUUGGAGCGAAGCGGUGUCAUUCACCAUGCACUUCGCGUGGGAGGAGCCCGCAGUCUUCUGAUGAAGUUUUUUCGUGGAGGAGUUGUGCUUCUCUCUCUUAUAGCUCACAGAGGGAUAUCAACACAGGAAAUACGUUGGGAGGCAGUAAACACCUGCUGCCUCCAGCGACCCCCCCCCCCCCCAUCGCACAGCCUCCAACGCACAGAGCAAACCACACACAACCGCAUGCGUGCCAAAGCACAGCAACCUUCUCAAUAGAGCAGACUUAAGUUUCUCUGAGGUCUGUUUGAUCAACAGUUAACAUCACAACUGAAGUCCAGCUGUUGAGUGUGUGUUGCCACGGCAACAUUCUGCAUCACAUAUAGCUUGGAAGAAACGCUGGUUCAUACUCCGGAGCGGUCGCAUGAGCGGUGACCCCGAUGUCCUCGAGUACUACAAGAACGACCACUCCAAGAAACCCAUCCGGGUCAUCGACCUACACUGCUGCGAACAGGUGGACGCCGGCCUGACCUUCAAGAGGAAGGAGUUCCAGGACAGCUUCGUGUUUGACAUCAAGACCUCAGACCGCACUUUUUAUCUCGUAGCCGAGACAGAGGAGGAGAUGAACAAGUGGGUCCGCUCCAUCUGCCAGCUGUGUGGGUUCAACCAGUCGGACGACAACCACGAUGGCAGGUUACACCAUAUGCCCCGUUCUGUCGGAGCAGAUGUCACCGGCUCAAUGGCUCCGCUGACCGGAGAACGCAAGUCCUCUGCCCCCAUCCACUCCAGCCAGCCAGUCCUCUUCACCUUUGAUGUGCCUGUUCGCAACACACACCACAGCUCCCUGUCCAACAGCGCACCCCAGGACUACCUCCUCCUCCAUCAGUGCAUGAGCAGGAAGACAGAGAGUGCACGGAGUGCCAGUUUCUCCCAGGCCACGCGAAGCAAUCUGUUUGUUGGGAGCGACUCUGCGGUGCAGAAACUCUCCCAUGGCUUUUCCCACUGUCUCAACGGCAUGGGCGGCCAGUUGCAUGGCUUCUACAGCCUGCCCAAGCCAGGAAAACACCAGUUACCAGGCCUUGAUGACUCCCCGCAGGAGGCCUGUUAUGUGCUACCGCGAGGUUGCAGCUCUGAGGCACCGGCUCACAGUGGUCUAGGUGACCCAGAUCUGGAGGACGAGGAGGUUUACACCUUCAAGACGCCCUGCAAUACCCUUGCCACCGUGCACAGCAACGAACGUCCGACUGACAAUUACGACCUUCCUACGACGCCUGGCUCCUUCUACCAGAUCCCCCGGACGUUUGAUAAGAAUCACAAUGCCUUGACACCCUCCAGCUCUGAGUCUUCUUGUGCUCCCCCUCCCAGGCCCCCCAAACCUAGCCAGGGUUCAGAGGGGCAGUGGGGAAGUCCCCAGUCGGUAGGGAGCCAGAAUGGAGAGGUGACGCCUGCAGUGUCAGUUAUCCCACGCAGGAAUACUCUCCCUGCUGUCGAGAACAUCAGGCUGCACAGAGGCUCCUCGUUUGAAACUAACAGCCAUCACCGUCCCAUCCAUUUCAACAACUCCGGCCAGUCUGUGGAGUCUGUCAAUGAUGGGUUCAGCUCCUACCUGAGAACCAAAGCGCCUCUGACUCGCUCAGACAGCGGCAACUCGGAUGACAACUAUGUGCCCAUGAAUCCUGGCUCCUCGCCACUCAGCGCUGCCCAGGCUGACAGCCCUAAAAAUAUCUACAUCCCUAUGAGCCCUGGGCCACAUCACUUUGAUUUCCCAGGAUUCUCUGCAACACUACCUGCCCGUAAGGGGAGCAGCGCCUCCCUGUGUCACCGGCCCAGCCGCCUCAGUGAUGUCACACCACCACCCAUCAACCGAAACCUCAAACCUAACAGGAAAUCGAAGCCAACACCUCUUGAUUUGAAGAACAAUGGGAUCAUUGAUGAGCUGCCAUUUAAGAGCCCAGUCACCAUGUCCUGGACACGGCCCAUGCCUGCUAUGAACUCCAUGUCCUCCCAGCAUUGUCGUCCCAUCUCCACACAAAGCAUCACCAGCACCGACUCUGCAGACAGUGAGGAGAAUUAUGUGGCUAUGCAGAACCCAGCGUCUACCUCCCCAGCCGUGAGCGGCACCAGUAGCCCGGCCCCUCGGAAGUGUGGCAACGUGGACUACCUAGCGCUGGACUUCCAGCCAGGGUCACCCAGUCCGCACAGAAAACCAUCUACAUCCUCCGUGACCUCGGAUGAGAAGGUGGACUACGUGCAAGUUGACAAGGAGAAGACCCAGGCACUGCAAAGCACAAUGCAAGAGUGGACCGAUGUGCGGCAGUCUACUGAACCUGCCAAGGGGGUCAAGUCCUGACACUGGCCUGUGCAAAACAAUGACCUGAAGUCCAACCAACCUUAAGUCAAGCAUCUCUAGUAUCAUGUGUCUAUCAUCACGAUGAAUACUGGUUGGGCUUGAUUAAAACUGGACAAAAAGCCAUAACCUAUCCUAUGCCUGUUCUCUGUGAUGAUUUUUACUGCAAUGCACUGCUAACAUGCAGGAUAUCAGGCCAUAUACAGGUGAAGCAUCCUGCCAAAGCUCUCUCCAUGCAGACUGUUAUAACAGUCUGUGGACAAUUGAUAAUGUGUAUGAAAAUAUCAUCCUUACUUAUCAAUCCAUCCUUUAUGAAUUAGGUGUUUCCUCAAAGCUGUCCCCCCCUCUGCAACAGUCAAACAUUUUGCAUCUUGCAGGUGAUUUACCCAAUUGCUGCCAUUUCAAGGGGCAGCAAAGGCUAGCUGGUCGAUAACCAUAUUAAUAUACUGUAAGAGUAUGCUUACUGGUCUCAGGAAUGCCAAGAUGCACUCCAAUUUUGGCAUGCAGGCAGACUCUCUCUUUUCACUUCAAUCUAUCAUUUGUGCUGAGCCUUGCAGAAGCAGUGAAGAGAUUAUUUUCACUGCGGGCAAUCAUUUCAGCUUAGCAGUGCAUGUCUGGUAAGAGGAGGGGGGGAAGAAAAAAACACAGACUUACAACUACGUAAAGGCCCGUGUCAGAAGCCCUAAUGAUGACUGCACAUGGCUGUUUCAAUUAAGUAUGAGCCCAAACCAUAUUUAAAAGCUGUCGGGCUGGAUGGCAGGCCAAUUAUUUUAACGCAGGUACAAAGUCAGGAAUGUCUCAAUGUACAGAAUGAAGAGAGCAAGGCCGGCGAAAAGAAGAUGAAGAAGAAGAAGCAUCUUGUAUCUUUGUAGGUUUGACUUCAGUGGGCAAUUCACUUCAGGUAGUCUUCUUAUACAUUUCAUCAGAAAUGUGUACUGACCAAAAAAAUGAUUGAGUUGGAGGAGGCAGAAACAAAGCCGGAGGCAUACUUUCCAAGGAGUUCAGAUAUCCCCUCCCUCAUCCUCUCUUUCUCUCUCCCUAGAGAUAAAUAAAACCACACAAGCUAAGUAGAAGGAGAAUAGCAUAUUUAUGUUUUCCUGAUGUAUGUCUUCGGUCUUUGAUACGCCACACACUACAGCUAUCGGUCUCUGAAGAGUAAUUGUUUUCUGUAUGUAAAUUAUUAAUAGAAUGACAUAUUUGCAGCACAUCUUGUUGACUGUUUGAUGCACUUGUCUGAGACAAAAAGGUGCACUGCAGUAAUGUAAUGUGCUUUUCUUGCAAAGGCAGCGUGCCACAAUGAAGAUUUGCCAGUGAUCCUAGUCACUUAAAAAAUUGUUUAGGAAAGAAUGUUUCUCUUAAUUUCCUAAACUCUUUCAUUUGUUUAAUUUGCCUUAUAUUUCUAUUUCAGUUUUGACUGUCAAUUUUGCCUUGGAGGAAUUGAAUUAUUCACAAUAUUAUUCAAGUGAGAGCCAUAUUUUAUUUGGGACAACUGAAUGAUCAGUUUCUAGUUCAACUUAAGUCCAGUAUUUCAUUGUGGGCUGGAACCACUAAAGGGUGAAUACCUAUUUGACCUUUCUAUGAAUCGUGUGGCCAUGCAGUGCUAGAUGGUAUUAUGGAUUAUUUCAUUAGGAUUUACUUCUUAAUGUUUUUCUACCAUUUUUACUGCUUUUUGUAUUCUUUUUAUCAUUAUUUUUUACUGAAACAUGUAAGCAAGUGAUAUUCAUGAGGAUGGGGUCAGGCUAAAUUAAGCUAAGUUUGUUACAGCGUGUAUUUUAUUCUUUUUAUUUUUUUUAUUUUUUUUUUUUAUUAUUCCCAAAUUGAAUUUGUAUGAUCUAUACAUGAAAUGGGGAGGCUGGCAGCUUGAGUUGCACUGGCAAAGCCCUUGUCGGGUGAACUGUGAUUGACAAAGCGUGAGAGAGGAAAGAAAAGACUGAAGAAAAGCCUGUCUCCCUGUCAGUCUCUGAAGUGAAAUGGAUGUGUAAUUUAUUAUCUAGAGAUACCCGUUGUAAGCAGAAGAGCUGUGUACGUGUCGUAGUAGAUUGUGAGUCGUAGUAUGUUAAAUGACAGCCUGACUGGGCGAGAUUGAAAAGACUGCUCAAAUCUACUGUCAGACUGUCACUGGGUUGACGUACUGUACUAGUAGAGAUCUUUUUUUUUUAACCACUGUUAUUGCUACUACUGUAAAACAUUUGCAGAUUGCUUGUGUGUUAAUUUAUUAAUUUAUUGUGCAUUUUGCAGUUGAUAAUUGUAAAAAGGAAAGAAAACAACAACUAUCAAACAAGGAAAACCUUCUCUCUACUAACAUUGAUGUAUGCAAACUGUCUUGAUUUUGUGAAGCAAUAUGACAGACGAUGCCAGUGUGAUGGUAAUGUGGUACAGUUCAUUUGGGAUACACAAGAAUACAAGACUGUUGUUAUUCCUGUAUUAUGGUUGACUUAAACUGUGGACAUAGAAUAAAUCAAGAAGUGAAAGUUUGGCGUUACGGUUCCUCUUUAAAUAUAAACCAAAACACUGUGUUCUCAUCUCUCUCCCACACCUUCUUAAUUGUUGCUGUAAUGCACAGAGGUUGAAGUCUGCUGCCCCCUGUUGUGUUGUACAGCAGCUGCAUCCAUUGGCAUUGCUAAAGAUAGCUGAGAUAGAUAAGAGGUUUCAGUCGGGAUGUAUGCCUGUACAUUGAGAGGUGUUUUCCUACCAGACAUUUACAAACGCAUACAAGAUAUAAAAGAAAUAAGAAUGCGUUUCUCUGUGAUCUGUUUAACUGGUGUGAUUGUUGAAUGAACGUUAUUGUGCUUCAUGAUUGACCAAUGACUAAAAUGUCAUCCACCCUUAACAAAACAAUAAUGACUAAUCAGCUAGAAAUGUCGACCAAGACCCCAAUGACAGAUUGACUUUUUACCAGUUAUUUACCAGCAGAUUGUUCUGCAAGAGUCCUGCUAUAAUAUAGUGUAUUGAAUGAGUUCUUAAGUAUUUGCUGCAGCCUGUCAACUUCUAUUGUCAUCUCAAUGAGUUCAUGAAAACGGUAUUGGUAAUUUUAUGACUCUACUAAAAGGACGAAGGGGGUGACCCCAAUGGCUAAGAUUAAAUUAAAACCUGAGCUUUAGUCAGUGCCAGGUUGCUUUAGUAAGCAGGAGGGCUAGUUUGAUUGAUUAUUACAUUUUUAAAGGGCAGCCAGGUAAGUCAGUGUUUCACAGGUUUGCUGUCCUCUUUGCUUCUUUCUGUGUGGACCUUGCAUGUUCUCCUCACGUUUGUGUGGUUUUCCUCUGGGGCCUUCAGUUUCCUUCUGCUUCACCAACAUGCAUCCUGUCUCUGUGAAUGUCAGUGUGAUUGCCUGGUUGUUGUUGUGAACCUUAGUGUGCUGGCAUCCAGUACAAAGUCUUCAUCUACAGUGUAGAUGGUAUGUCUGCAGAUUUAAGUGAAGCAUGACCCUUCACUUAAAUCAGCAGUACAAUGGACGCAAAACCAACUAAAUCCACUUCAUAUAAAUACCCCUAUUUUAAUUUGAAAGGCACUAAGUAACCUUAACUUUCUCCAGCUUUUAGGUAUUGAUGAACACAAACUGUACUUGACAAGUAAUGGCUUGCAGUUCACUUCAGGCACAGCAGCCGCCUCCAGUUUCAGAACUCCAUAAAAUGAAGGACCCUAUUUGAAGACAAGCAUGUCAGUAGCCUAAGGGGUUAAUUAGUGCAUUGGCUCGUUA